AGUAGUGCUCUUGCAUUCGCUGCAUUCGCAAGAAGUUUUGGAACGCACCCCGAUGGGUCUUAUAUACCGUGCGUUCUUCUCUGGUUUCCAUAGUUCGAUUCGUUUGAUCAGCUGGAACGAAGGAAGUCAUCGUGCGCAAUCCCGCAACAUGUCAAAAAUAACGGGUGCGAAUCAAAGAGCUCCGAUUUCCGUGGACAUCGGAGAUAUGCGGAUCAAAUACAAAGACAAGAGCGAAACAUUCAAUGAAGAUGACUUAAAGAGUAAAGAACCAUUCGGUCAGUUUCAAGCAUGGUUCGAUGAAGCGCGUGUUACACCAGGGGUACUGGAGCCAAACGCCAUGUGCUUGGCAACUGCAACUAAAGAUGGAAUACCAUCAGCUAGAUAUGUUCUUCUGAAAGGUUUUGGCACAGAUGGAUUUAAAUUUUAUACUAACUAUGAGAGCAGAAAGGGCCGUGAAUUGGAAGCAAAUCCAAACGCAGCUUUGACCUUUUACUGGGAGCCAACGAGGCGAUCAAUACGUAUUGAAGGAACUGUUGAAAAGACCUCUGCAGCUGACUCUGAUGAGUAUUUUCAGAACCGACCUUUUCACAGCCAGCUAGGUGCACACGCUAGUAAGCAGAGCAGCGUUAUUGCUGGUAGGGAAACGUUGAUGGUGAAGGAAAGAGAACUCUUGGCCCAAAAUACUGAGGGACAAGUCAAGAGACCACAGUGUUGGGGAGGGUUCAAAGUGAUACCACGUUCCAUAGAGUUCUGGCAAGGUCAGAGUGAUCGUCUACAUGAUAGAAUAAGGUUCAGACGUAGAGAACCUCAUGACAAACCAGACGGAAUUCUUCUUCAUGAAGGGGAAGAUGGUUGGGUCUAUGAAAGACUAUCCCCAUGA